AUGAGGGCAAAAGUUCCAAAGAACUUCAAAAGCCCUGAUAUGGAUCUGUACGACAGGACCAUCGACCUAAAACACUACCUUAGCAACUUCAAAUAUCAGAUGUAUCUAGCUGAUGCCUCCGAUGCUACCCGCUGCAAAGCCUUUCCAACGACUUUGACAAAGGCGGCGAUGAAGUGGUUCAAUAGCCUCCCCCCUAGGUCGGUCACCAGCUUCGACGACCUCUCGCGUAAGUUCCUUAUGCAGUUUUCAAUCCAGAAGGACAAAGUCAAUCACGCGCCUAGUCUACUGGGAGUAAAACAAGAGGUCGGAGAACCCCUGAAAGACUACGUGGAAAGGUUCAACAAGGCGUGCUUAGAAAUUCAGGACCUGCCUACUAAAGCAGUAAUAAUGGGUCUUGUCAAUGGACUUCGAGAAGGACCUUUCUCGCAGUCCAUCUCCAAGAGACACCUGACCUCUUUGAGCGAUGUACAAGAAAGAGCCGAAAAGUACAUCAACAUGGAAGAAAAUGCCAGACUGCGCGAAUUGAGCUGGCGAUCUGGGUACCCUCACUCAUCAAGGGAAAAGGAGAGGGAGCCCAAGAAGAAAGAAGAAGUCGGAAAAGCUGGCCAGGAAAGAUCGGAUAAUCAUGGAAAGAGGAAACGAGAUGAGGAAGAUCGGAGAGAUCCGCCACCAUAG